AACACAGCUCCGGUUGGCUCGUGCCUCCUAGAAAUCUAGUUAGUGAAAUGAAAACAACCAGAAGCGAAACUUGAGAUGUCAUCAAGACAACAUUUUGAGGAAUAAUUAAUCCGAAAUUAAAUCAGGUUGUCGGGAAACGCGGGUCUCUGGCUCUGACGUGAAGUGGACUAUGCGCUACAACAGCUACAUCUAUGUUUUUCUGUCGGCUUUGUGCUCCUGCGGAUGUUUCCCGUAUGUGUCCGCCUGCAAACAAGAACCGGAGACUCCAGACUGGAGGAUGACUCUGAAAACUAUCCGGAACGGGAUCCACAGGAUUGACACGUACCUGAACGCAGCACUGGACUUAUUUGGGGGCGAUGACGGGCUGUGCCACUACAGGUGUAGUGAUGGUUACAAGCCGGUGCCUCGUCCCGGAUACAAGCAGCCUCCGCCCAAUGGAUGUGGCUCCCCCAUGUUUGGAUUUCAGUUUGACAUAGGCAUCCCGUCCAUGACCAAAUGCUGUAACCAACAUGACCGCUGUUAUGACACCUGCGGCCGCGAGAAGCACGAAUGCGAUGAUCAGUUUCAGGACUGUCUGGAGACCAUCUGCAGGAAUGUGCAAAGGACUCUGGGAUUGGCCCAUAGUGUCCAAGCUUGUGAGUCAGCAGUGACUCUUCUGUUUGACGCUGUCAUGCACUUGGGAUGUAAGCCGUACCUGGACAGCCAGAGGGAGUCCUGUGUGUGUCAGUAUGAGGUGAAGAGGGAACUGUGACGCCGCCGCAGGAUCAAGACUGUGAAACGGACUGAUUCAAAGCACAACACUGACAGAAGGACGCCAGCAGUGAACUUUUCCUCUCAGAUUUUCUCAGGAAUGCAGCUUUUUCGACCUGCACUAACUUGUGUCCGCCGCCUCCUUUUAUUGGAGUUUUAACACGUAGACAUGAAGAAGACAAAGUAAAUGUGAAAAGAACACGUUUUUAGAGUUGACAAUUAAUACCUUUCCUAUGCAGUUAAUUAUUUAUAUUUUGUUAAUACUGUGUAAUGUGCUUAUCCUGUGACGUCUUGUCCUAAGACGUUUUGUAAUUUGACACUGAUUAACAGGCAGCAGCAGCUCAGCUAAACCAUGUGUAAGCACACAUAUAUGGAGAAGAAUGUUUUAAAUAAGUUAAUGAUGAGUUCAUGUGUGCUUGGUUGUAAAUGAAGCUGUUUUUCAGUUCUCGAAACCAGCAGCUGUUCUUAAACUCAGCACAACAAACUAAACUAACUGUCUAAAAACUUUUUUUUCCUGUAAUUACCACCAAAGUUACAGAGUUCUUUCCACAAACUUUAGAGGAUUUUUUGGAAAUAAUGGAUAAAUAAAAUUGGAUGUUACUGCCCAGUCCCUCCAUUCAUAACCCUGACAGGAACAUGUGAUAAAUAAAUAAGUCAACAAUGUCUUUGUUUGUGCAGCAUCGAAAACAUUUGUGCUUUUCUCUUUAUGAAAUUUGUAAUAUAUUUGUAAACUAUCACGUAGAGGUGAAUAUGACGGUGAACUGAAAUGUGAAG